AUGGACCUGCCGCCGCGGCCGCGCGUCACGGCGCGAGCGGGGCGGCGGCUCCUCCUCUUCGUGCUCUGCACUCUCGUCUGCACGCUGUACUUGUGGCACUGGCACACGAAACCAGAGCCCGCGCCCGCGCCCGCAUCCGCGCCCCGGCCCUCCGACCUCUCGUCGCAUUCGCCCUUCGCCGGCUCGGCGUCGUACUCGCCCUUCUACGGCGGGGGGAGCACGCGGGCGAUCGACCUCGCGUCCGACCCGCUCCCGCAGACCGCAACGCUCGCGGAGCGGCUGGACGCGUGGGAGGCCGCGCCCGCCUCGCUCGACGACUUCGCGCGCUGGAAUGGCGAGCAGUGCGCCGCCAACAUCCACAACCAGCAGAGCUGGCAUAUGACGGGGACGUACGGCCCCGCGUGGGCGCAGCACGACGUGACGACGGUGCUGCGGAUGCGGUUUGAGCUGAUUUCACACAUGCGCAGCGUGCAAGACAGCGAGGAGAUGCGCGCCGCGCACAACCUCACGGGACGCGGGAUCGUCAUGCUCGCGGGCGACGGCGCCAGCCUCAUGCGCGCAUAUUGGAGCGUCAGCAUGCUGCGGAUGUAUCGCUGCAACCUCCCCAUCUACGUGUAUCACUACGAGGAAGAGCGGCCGGCAGUGGACGACCCGGUGCGGCUCAGGCUCGAGGCGCACAAUGUCGUGCUUGUCGCCGUUGAGGGGGCGCAGAAGGCUGUGGGGCACAAGUCGUACCACCUCAAAGCGCAUGCUAUGAUCCUCAGCCCGUUCCGCCACGUCCUGUAUCUCGACUCGGACUCGAUCCCCGUCCGCGACCCCGGAUACAUGUUUGAGGCGCCCAACUAUGUGCGCCUCGGCGUAUACAUGACGCCCGACUACUGGAAGACGCCGGCGGCGAAUCCGCUGUGGGCGGUGGCCGGCGUCAAGUGCCGCAACGAGUGGGAGAACGAAGCGGGGCAGCUGUGGGUCGACAAAGCGCGACACAUGGACGCCCUGCUGCUCGCGCGCUACAUGCUCGAGCGCCACGCCCAGUUCUUCAAAUACUCUGACGGGGACAAAGACAUCCUCCUGCGCUGGGCGCUCCUCAUGCUCCGCAAGCGCUGGGGCGUGCCGGGCCGCUACGUCGCCGCCGGCGCCUACCCCGCGGACACGGCGACCGGGUUCUGCGCCCACUCGAUGAUCCAGCACGACGCGUGGGGCCGCCCCCUCACCGUCCACUGGAACCUGUUGAAGGAGCACUACGCGCCGUCCGUCGGCCUGGGCUCCACGUGGGGCCGCUCGAAGCGCCUGCCGCUCUUCGAUACGUGGCCCGCGACGCCGGCCACCGCGCGCCUGCACGAGCCCGCGAAGCGGCCGGACGACGCGGACCGGCGCGGCCUCGGCGACAUCGACUGCGACAUGCUCGCCGACGCCGACGAGGCGGGGUACGCGCGCGCGCCCGCGCAAGAGAUGGUCAUGCGGCGCGCGGCGCGCGAGCAGGGCGUCAACAUGUUCUUUCAUGGCGGCCUCGCGUCCCCGUUCUGUGUUGGUCUCGAUUAUGCCGACAUCCGCCCGCAGUGGCGCAAAGACGAGGAAGAGGCCGCGCAGCGCGCCGAGGACGCACAGAGCGCGGCGGCGCACGCAAAGUGGAAUGCAGCGGCCGCGGCCGCCGAGCGCGCAGGCACACCCGUCCCCCCGCCGCUUGAGAUGCCGCACACGGUGAAGCCGGACUGGUCGGAGCCGUUCGAGGUCGUGCAAUGGGCCGACGACGAGCACCUCGCGCACUUUGAGCAGACGCUGUACACCCGCUUCCUGUUUGAUGUGCGGUAUAGUCCGUAG